AUGAAUCAAGACACCAUAGUAAUAACAGGAGGCUUGUCGGAGGCCAGACCUGCCACACCAGAAAUCCAGGAGAUCGCUGACAAGGUCAAAACUCUGCUUGAAGAGAAAACCAAUGGGAAAUAUGAAAAAUUCGAAGCCAUCCAGUAUAAAGUUCAAGUCGUCGCUGGACGAAAUUACUUCAUUAAGAUGGAUGUGGGGCAUGGUUGUUUCACCCACAUAAAAGUCUUCCAGGGUCUUUCUGGAAAGGAUGAUUUGGAACUUAGUGGUUACCAGACUAACAAAACCAAGAAUGAUGAGCUGACCCACUUCUAA